AUGCCAGUAGAAUCCAAGAAAGACGAUGCCUCCACAUUCACGCUCGUCUGUGGCCAUCUCUCCAGCCGCAUCUGCCUGAAUCCAGACCCACGACAAGCUUACCAGGAGGAUUUGAACAGCCAGCAGCACCAUCUCGGCCGCCGCGCCAACAAGGACGCCAUUAACAAGGAGAGGGCCCACGACAUACAAGAACACACUCAUGACACGACAAGGGAUAUGGAGGUCGAUGACACCUCGGACCAAAAAGAGAAUACUCGCGGCAAAGCGAACACGCCCAGCCAAGCAACGCCACCCAGGAGCAAAGCAGGACGAUUUGGACUCGGAUCUGUACAGCGUCAGACUCUAUACAAUCAAGGAUCUAUCCUCGCCACGGACCUGUCAAUUAUCGGCUUUAUGAAGCUGGAUGCCGUCCAGUCUCCACCAGUGCUGUCCCGUCAUUGGAUCACGAUGGAUCGCCCCCAAGAGCAGGAUGCAGUUCCAAAGGCUGGUGUCAAGGAGGAGCCCUCAAGCGAAAAGGAUGGUCCAUCCGCACCAACUGAUUCCAAGGCACCUAUGGAUGAAGAUUCAUUAGCUGCCGUAUUGUUUCCUCCAGCUCAGACUCAGUCAACGCAACCACCUGGUGGUCAGUUCCAACAACGACAACAUCCUCAAUUCCAUACCAACUUUCCCAGCCAUCCUCCAGGAAUGAUGCAUCUACCUCAUAUGCCAAAAGUCCCUCCAACGCUCUCAAAGCCUUCUCUAUUCUAUCAGGACAACAACAUGCCGAACAUGCCUCAGGAUCAGCAGAGUCACUCUUCGCCGGCAGCACCACAGCCGUCGCCCAAGUUUCCAGGAGGGAAAAAGAACACAAAGGAAGCGGACUCAAGGGUCCACGAUAGCGUUCCACAGCAGCAUCUCUUCACAACCCUUCAUAAAGCCCUGGACCAGCAAGCCAUGGUCGCCAUUGUCGCGUUACAGUAUCCCGACAAAUCCUGCACGAGGCUACGUAAAUGGAAGCGAGCACAGGAGGAGGCGCCGCAGAGAACUCAGAAGGCGGCUUCCUCGGGAGUCUCGACUGCCAACCUAUUGUCUAAACGGCUGUCGUACUCGCAAGGAUCGUCACCAAAUCUUUCCUCGGGUAUUACACCAGAUCUCAGUACCUCAGGGAAUAGCUUCAGUGCUUCGUUUGGUUCAUUAUCAGGAUCGAUGAUGGGCUCUGCAUUGACGGCAUCGGCCUUGGCAGGAGGUGUGUCGAAGGAUGAUGUCGGCUCUGCGAUAGCCAUGGCUUCCCUUCCGACGAUUAUCGACGAUCGGAAAUGGAUUGGUCUUUUGAUGGUGGCGUCUCAUUUCCUGGCCAGCCCAUUCCAUUCAGUUCCAGUGUAUUUGAGCAAGACUCAAGAAUAUACCGAUCAUCCAGAGCAAUUCGUGCUGCUCAUCAUGCCAAAGUGCACAAUCACAACAAACGCGCCUUGGAUUCCGGAUUUAAAUCAGGACAGACCACAGUUCCCCUCAAGAGUCCCAGCGCUGGAGACGCAGUUUCUGCCUCAGCAGACGACAAAGGGCGACAAGGACAGCUCUGGUUCGGAUCUUUCACGGAUAAAACGCAGCUCUCAAGAACUCAUGGCAUGCAGAGGAUUAGAGCAAUUUACGACUGUCAAGUUGGCUCUGAAGGAGAUUUGGACGGACCUAAAGCUUCUUCAGGCUUCAAAAACGAAAACAUAUGAUGAGAAACUUGAACGAAGGAUCAAACACAACUUUGUUAACCUGGGCAUAUUGAAGGACAUGUAUGGUUACAAAGAUGGAGUUCUGCGUGCAACAGCAAUGCUCAACAAGGCACUUAGCAAAAUCGACAGCUCCAUGGAGACGCAUAGAAGACUAUUGACAUGUAUCAACCACCUGCUAUCAGCAGGUAGCAACGACAAGGCCAUGCAUGACAUGAUGACAGAAGACCUCAGUCGAGACUACCACAAUGAGCCUGGAGGUUUGGUUCCAAUAGGACAAGACACAUCAUUAGCUUCAGUGUCGACGAUUGUGAAGCCUACGUCAGAGAAGAGGGUGGAGAAGACUAGCAUUAAACCGCUGGAGCUCAGUGGAAGGGCCCAUCGAAUCAAGUCAGAGGCUAUUACCCCUGUUGAGGGUACACCUCCAGUUGCUAAAACUCCGCGCCAGAGUGAAAGCCGCGAUAACGACGGUCGUGGUCACCAGGACGAUGAAGACGAGGGCGUAGACGAAAAUUUGGGCGGAGGUAGCGUUCUGAUCAGGGGCGCUGUUAAGCAAGGCCGAGUUCAGGUUGUUCUUGAAAAACAGCACGAGGCGACAGAGAAACGUCUGGCAGAACUAUCGAUUGAACAGGAAGGCAAGUUGAAGCGGUCUCUCGAGAGUACGCCUGUACCACAACGUAUCCCAUCUCCAUUGACUCCACUGCAAAAACAACAACAGCAACAACAGCAACAACAGCAACAACAGAAGCAACAAGAGCAGGAUCUUGAUGCUGAGGCGGAGGAUAUUGAGCAGGAUACAGUUAUGGAGCAAUCUUCCGUAUCACAGAGUCGUCGACAGCUCGUACGUCCGCCUACCGAGCCCCCAGCAGUACCUGCAUCCUCUGAGCAGCUGCAACAGCAGAGACGCGCUCCCCAAGGAGAUUCAGAUGAAAUGCGGCUGAAGAGUACUGGUUUGGCGCCACAAAAGCGGAGACGAGAACUUCAGGAUGAUGUUAGCGACGAUGCGUCUUCUGUCGAGGGUGUGCCGAUCCAUUCGUCGACUACUGCCAAGGCGAGUAUGGACAGUGGCGCAGAUAGAGCAGCUUUCCCGUCGGGUGCUUCGAACAUGCAGGGACAUGGUGAAGAACCGGCAGCUGCAGUAGCGUCUGCCUCUGUUCCUGGGCAGAAGAAGACGGGAGCCAAGAAAGCGAAGCGGGUCAAGGCGGAACCAUUAGAGGAAGCGGUUGUUGUUCAGGAGACAGUUCAGGAACUGAGUCUUGGUCAGCUUCGUGCGGAGGAACGCGCGACACAGGAGGUAAAGGUGCUGCAAAGGGAGAGCGGCGAGGGUUUUGUGCCAGGAAAAGCGGAUCAGGAUCAGCGGCAGCAGUGGCCGACCCAGCAAGGUGAGCAGAUGCAGCAGGUGCAGCAACAAUAUCAGGAGCCGCCGCCACAGCAGCAGCCACCACAGCAGCCGAAGGCCAAAGCAAGCAAAAAGCAACCGAGAAUUGUGGGGCCAGUGCAGGUGCAGCAAUACCAGCCGGAACAACUGCCACUGCAGCAACCACCCCAUCAACAGCAACUCUCUCAACAGCCACUUGUUCAGCAGCAGCAGCAGCAGCAGUACCCUCCUCAACAGCAGGCCCCACAACACCAACCUCCCCAGCAGCAGGCUCUCCAACAACAGCCUCCCCAGCAGCUCCAAGUACAGAAUGAGCAGCGAUCGUUGCCAGCGCCUACAUUUGUUAAUCAGCACCAAAGGACCCCGUCUGGUACGCCGCAGUGGCUCGCAGCAAACUCGACACCGAAUGUUCUUUCGGGCAUCAAAAUUCCUGGACGUAGCAAGAAGGCCUCUGCGACACAACAACAGCCUCAGCACCCAGGACAGCAGAUGUCCCAACCGGGACAGCAGAUAUCCCAACCAGCACAGCAGCAGCAGCAGCAGCAGCAACAUCAACAUAUACAGCAUCCGCAGGACCUUCAACGCCAGCAGCCUAUGCCUACACAACCCCAGAUGCCACAGCAGUUGCGACAAGGGCUUGCUGCUGUUGAGGAGGAGCUGAUGGCGGGCCGAUCUCCUGCCUCUACCGCUGGUAUACACUCUCAGCCGCAACUACAUCCCGGGUACUACGCAGAGCACGGCAAUCGCGGUCCAGAGAUAUACCACCAUCAACCGGCCGUGGAACCAAUCGAUCCAAGAGAACGUGGUCGUGACAUGGCGCCCGGCUACCCAGCUCACUUAUCUGGAAUGCCUGAUCCCUCGGCACAUCCUUCCAGGACCCACACUCCUCCUCAGCACCAUCGAACCGCGUCCCUCACCGCUGCUCCUAUGUCUGCCCACGGAUCCCCGCGUGAGGAACCAUACCCAGGUCAAGGCAGCCCAGAAGGAUAUUACGUCCCAUCCAUAUCCCGUCACCAGAGACAGCCAUCGACCGGUAUGCAGCCUGGCGCGGCAACACUAGUAUCAGAGAAGCAACAUCAUCGUGCUGAGAGCAAGAUUGAACUGCAGCAACGCCAGCAAAUGGAAUACGAGUACCAUCAAAAACAGCGAUACCUUCAGCAACAGCGUAUGCAGCAGGAACAGAAUCCCCAUCAACAACAGGAAUACGCCGAGCAGAUGCGCCAACAGCGCGAGCCGCAGGCAGUGGAGCGUCAGCAGCAGGAGUGGGGACACGGAAUGGAGCCUGGACCACAAUAUGUUGCGCAGAGUUCUAGAGAUCCUAGUCGAUACGGCGGUCCACCACCAUCUAUACAAGAGCCUGUCACUCAAUCCAGGAUGUCUCAAUACCAGCAUCAAGCUCCACCUCAGCAACAGCCUCAGUUCUAUCAAGUACAAGAGCACGGUGUGAUACCUGGACGCUCGCCGAACCAUGAACCGAUAUAUAGCGCGGAGCCGGUCGCUCCAGUAAGAAGAAGAGCCAAGGUCCAAAGCAAUCCAGUGAUGGUUAAGGAUCAGCCGGAAGAGAUGCUGUCGCAACGCUACCAUCCUGAAUACGAUCAGUAUGCGCAUCAAGCACAGCAGCAACAGCGGCACCAGCAACAACAGCAAGAGCGGCGGGAGCACGAGCGACGGGAGCAGGUCCGCCAGCACGCUGUCCAUUCUUCACAAUAUCCUCCGCAGCAUCAGCAACAACAACACAUGGCUACCCCACCUUAUCCUCCUUCAACCCAAGCGUCCGUUCCGGUUGGUCGUCGUUCGGCUACACAUUCUCGUAAUAGCUCUUUGAAUGGUCCACAAGGCGCGGCAAUGAUGAUGAGCCCAGUGUCUAACCCACCGCCAGUAGCCAUGGAUCAGCUCGCAGCAGUCAGGGAUCACUCAAUGAGGGUCGGUAGCCCAGGUCUCUCUGCUCAUGGUUAUCCUCAUGCAGCACCGGUCCAUAGCAGAAGCCGAGGUUCCUCCCCCUCGCUCGGUGGAUACAUCAGUCCUUCAUCCCAUGGCCCCAUGCCGAUCCCUGUGCCUGUGGUCCCCGUCGGACAGCGACAAGGAACGCAUUCUCGAAACUCGUCCAUCACGUACGAGUUGGCGCCGCCUAGAGGGCAAAUUAUGGAUCCUUAUAUGAAUCGUCCAGGGCCAGGGCCAGGGCCCGCACUAGCAGGUAGCGCUUAUUCUUCGCAGCCACCACCUCACGGUGCACCUCAGACACAGCCGCAGCAGCACCAUUCCCGUGGAAGCAUCGAUUAUGUACCGGCAAUGCAACCACAGCAACAGGGACGCCAUCCUCAAGAGAUACAUCCUGGUUAUGGUCAUUCUGCCUCGCGGUCGCAGGAUAUGUCGAUGUCGAGUGUUCAGCAGCCUCCAUCAAGAUCGCAUAAUAGGUCGCCAUCAGAGGCGUAUUCUCAACAGACCCCUGUUCAGGCACCAUCUUCAUCUCAGAAUCAACAGCAGCAUCAUUACGCGCAGCAGCAGCCUUAUUCAUCGUCGUCGUCACAUAGGCAUGGAGUUCCCCAAGGUCAUCAGGGUGAACAUCCCAGGAUGUCACAGUCUCGAAGCGAGCAGCAGUGGUACCAGGGGCAGCAAGACCAGCAGCAGCAGCAGCAGCAGCACCAUGCGCAGUAUCACCCUGGACAGCAACAGCAGCAGCAUCCAUCUUAUCAACAAGGAGCAUAUCCACAGCACCCUACUCAGCCCUAUCAUCCAUCGCAAGGCGGUCAGCCAGGGUAUCAUUCAUCGAGCAGCCAGCAUGGUUCCAAUCAACAGGGUCAAGGACAGGGACAGGGACAAGGACAAGGACAAGGGCAAGCACAAGGACAGGGACAGGGCGGUCAAAAUUCUGGAAGUGCUAGCAGUCGAAUCUCUCUUAGUUCGCUGUUGAACUAG